GAGAAAAAAAAAAUACGAUGUUUAAUUCCAUUCGCCAGUACCUAUCAUCCGGUCAUAGUAGUCAUAAUGAAGAACAAUACCCAUACAAUGACAAUUGGCGUCAGCAAAAAAACCAUCAAGUAGGCAAUUGGUUAUCCGAUAUAAGUCUUCACACUGAGGAAAAAGAAGGUCGACACUUCUGGAACAGAAGAUCGAGAAAGAAGUACUACAAUAAUGAGCUCCAAAAGUAUGGUGAAGACCAAUCCUAUCUUCAGCAUCAACAACAUCAGCAGCAUCAACAACACCAACAGCACCAGCAACAUCAACAACCUCAAAUUCAGCAAAUGCAGCAAAUGCAACACCAGCAGUUACAGCAACCAAUGCUGGAUCGACGCCAGUCUCAUAAAAAUCUACCGUCUAUGCUUCACCGGAAUAGCAAUAGUAAUUUAAUGCAACAUCAACAACUACCACAGCAGCAAGGAAUGUUUAACGGUGAGAACAAUAAUCACGAUUAUCGACGUCAGAGACAUCAUUCACUACCUUCUUCCUAUAACGGACAUCAUCGUAAUAGUAGUUUACAGGAUGGUUUUGGUGGUCAUCAGCAGCAGUUACCAUUUUUUCCCCCAGGUGGUGGGGGAAUGUCACAAAAAGGCCAUGGUGGUAUGGACAACGAGUUCCAGCAGCCACAGUAUUUCCCUCAACAGCAUCAGCAACAGUUGUCAAUGAUGAAUGGAGGUGCGCGUCAUCAUCAUCAGCAGCAGCAAUAUAGUGCGGAGAAUAUGUAUUCGAAUUCAAUGCAUCAACAACAAUCUUUCCCACAACAGCAACCUUAUUUCAAUAGUACUGGCGUGGGUAGCGCAGCAGAAUUACAACAACAACGACAAAUGAUGUUUUACCAGCAGCAGCAACAACAGCAACAGCAACAGCAACAGUACCCUUAUAUGGGAGGAGUUAACCAACCUUAUGGUGGACAUCUAGGAGGUCGAUUAGGAGUAGAAGGAGUAAAUCACAACAGCAUGUAUAAUGGCAUGUUUAGGUAGCCGUAUUAUACUUAAAACGCACACCUAUUGUUAUUGUUGCACACACGCACCAGCAGAUACACCAGCCCUUUUUCGGUCCGUCCAUUUCCUUUCCGUUAUUACUUUUUUGUUUUUCGUUUUGUUGUAUAUACGAUAUUAUUAUUAUUACUAUUAUUAUUAUUAUUAAAAAAAAAAAAAAAAAAAAAAAAAAGGAAAAGAAGUCAAAUCUAACAGAUGAAGAGAGAAUACAUUAGGUUAAAAAAAGGGAGAGAUUAUUUUGUAGGUAC